GAGGAGGGGGCCUGAUAAUAUAUAUGUGUUUAUAUAUAUUUUGUUUGAAAGCUUAGCACUGGCAUGGACCACUCUCACCUCUAUUUAUAUAAACCCCUUCUGCCACACUUUCAUAUCAUAUUCAAACUCAACUCUCUCUCAGUCUCUUAUUGUAUAAUUUUGUCUCUCUCUAUCGCUCCAGGUUCUAACCCAAACCCAACAACUAUAUUUUUUCUCUCUUAGUUUCCUUCAUUUUCUCACAAGCCAAACACUACUUCUACAAUCUAUUUCAACACAUAAUGAAGAUGAUGAACAGUAGUGUAGCCAUGGCAGCCGAGCAAUCCAAAAGGAAAGACCCAUGCAGAAGGCUUGGUGGCUAUCUUAAGCAACAGAAAGGAAGGCUUUACAUUAUCAGGAGAUGCGUUGUCAUUCUUCUGUGCUGGCAUGACUAAUUAUAAUAAUUUAUAGUAGUUUUGAGUUAAUUAAUUUUAGUGUAUAUUUAUUUACUCAGUUUGUUUAUGGGGCUUUAUAAGAUUAAUUCCCCAGAUCGAAAUGUAAAUAGCAUUGAGAAAUAUUGAAUUAAUCAUCCUUUAUUUUUGGUCCCUUAAA